AUGAAGCCAAAUGAUUCAAGCAUUUUGCCUCCUACCACACAAUCACAGCAACCUAAUGAACGGCAAAGACACGAACGAACGUCCCCGUCUCAAUGGCCGAUCGAUAUACCAAAUCAUCUCGAUCUUCGCGGAGAGUCAUGCUCUCCCAGAGAUAGUAACGGAGAUGCGCCCUCCUCUUUGUCAGAGGUUCAGAUAUUCGAUUUUAGGCCCUAUUCCUCUCCAAAAGCCUUCAAUGACGGAUUUUCUCUUCGUUUACGACCGGAGACCGAAUAUUACCUAUUCGAUCUCUACUUCGACCAUUUCAACACGGCAUUCCCUCUCUUUGACCAAUCGCAGCCGAGGCAAAAGGUGGAUUCACCAUCGUUGUCUCCACGACUGAAAUUGGCAAUGUUCACCAUCUCAUCUCGAUUUGCCAAGCAACCUUUCGCAGACAGGAUUCCGUCGCCGACAGAGUUUGCCAGUGCUGCCGAAGCUCUUGGAUCUCAGAAAUGUUUUAGUACCGACGAAAUCAAGAGUUCGUUCCUUCUUUGUGUCCAUCAUCUCUCAGAAUCUCUAAAUUGGCACUCAUGGACCGAGUGUGGAAAACUAACGCGUAUGGCUCACCUUUGGAGCUCCGAAUACAUCGUACACCAGGCAUCAAAUACCUCAGGCAAGAAAAAGUCCGACCUCGAAGAGUAUCGGAGUAUCUGGUGGUCCAUUGUGUGUUUAGAUACCUGUUGCAACUCCCUUGCAUCAAUCCCGCACGGCUUGGCUUGUGGUGUGCAGAAUAUCCCGCUUCCAGAGUUCCCGGAGACCUCGAGUACAGUGAUGCAACAGACUGCGGAGAGCGAUGAUGACCAAUAUCUAGACUUUGGGGAGACCAGUUACUGGGAACUAAUGACAAAAGUCUUCAAGCGUCCAUUCACUCGGAGCCGACACCUUUAUUAUGCGACUUGUGGGUUAAUGGCUGCUGUUACCGACUAUCGAUUUGGACUUUCACGACGCCGAUCAAGAGCAUCAAAGGCCCGGUUACGAGAACUGCAGAAUGACAUAGCGUCUGCCAAAAUGGCUCUUCCGACCAUGUACUUCAAUCCGACAAGGUGCUACCAUUUCCAGGAAACGGAACGAGAACACCACAAUCGCCUAGAUGUGCUGCUACUCGUGGGCUGUGCUGAUCUCCUCCUUUCUAUCGCCGCGGCCCAAUCCUUGGAGCUCGAUGAAAAUGGCCCUAAAGAAUCAGCUCGGGAAGAACGCUGGCAAUCGAUUCUGGCAAAAGCAUACGAUAUUGUACCAAUAAUUCAAAGCUGGAGCCCUCAGUAUUUCGAGCAGAUGGACCCGAUGUGCGCCUAUAUCGUGUUUUUGAGCUCUUCAGUUCUGACUCUGGAGAUUGGGCUCACGCAGUCCUCAAAAGCCUCUGAUCCGGUCAUUGUCAGUGACAUUAAACUCUUGUUGCUGUUUCUUCGCCAGAUUGGCCAGUAUUGGCCAGUAGGAUGUCGCCUCGAAAGUACAGUGUCGGAAUUGUAUAGGAACUCAUGCAGCGGCAUCACGUAUCAAGAAGCCUUGAAAUUUCUUUGGAACUUCACCGCUUUACAAGGUCGAAUGGAUGCGACGAAGGUUCCACCAGCUCAUCAAGGAAACAAUAUCGAUCAAUCCGCUGGCAACGAUCGGCCAGGACAGAUCGAACUUCCGGAUCAGCAAAUUGAUAUGGACGGAAUGGACUGGCUCGAUGAUCCCCUUGUCAUUUCCUUCGGAAAGGACACGAAUGAUACCGAAGUUUCAACAUUCGAAGCUCCGUAUUGCGAAAGAAGUUUCCAGAGUCUGGAGCAUUUGAUGGGUAUUUAA